AUGAACAUACACACGAACACUAUUUCCCAGGCGGAGGCCAAGGGGCUCUAUGGCCCGGCUCGGGGCUGGCAUUGCCCCCGUGCUGCUGUGGGGCUGAGCCCGCGUCUCCCGCAGGCGCUGCAGCUGGGCACCGCGCUGGUGGGGUCGCCCACGCAGGACGGCGUCGUGUCCAUCCUCACCACGGCCGAGGGGGCGGACGAGCCCAGGAUGGUGCGGUUCCCGGUGCCCACCCCCGGCAGCCCCCUGAGCCCGGGGCAGCCUCGCUGGGCCAAUUACGUCAAGGGGGUGAUCCAGCACUACCGGGCCGGGCCCUUGCCAGGCUUCAACGCGGUGAUAGCCAGCGAUGUCCCCCUCGGCGGCGGCCUCUCCAGCUCGGCCUCGCUGGAAGUUGCCACUUACACCUUCCUCCAGCAGCUCUGCCCAGACGAUGGUGACUUGAAAGCCAAGGCUCUGACGUGCCAGAAAGCCGAGCACACGUUCGCUGGGAUGCCCUGCGGGAUCAUGGACCAGUUCAUAUCCGUGAUGGGCAAGGAAGGGCACGCGCUGCUCAUCGACUGCAGGUCCCUGGAGACCGUCCUGGUGCCGCUGAGCGACGCCAGCUUGGCCGUCCUCAUCACCAACUCCAACGUGCGGCACACGCUGACGGGCAGCGAGUACCCCAGCCGGCGGCGGCAGUGCGAGGAGGCCGCCGCGGCACUGGGCAAGGCCAGCCUGCGGGACGCCACCGUGGCCGAGCUGGAAGGUGGGUCCGGAGCAGGGUGAGCACGCAGAGCAGCGGCCAGCGCCGCGCUGGCCAGGCACGUCCUUGGGGAGAUCGAGCGCACGGCCCGGGCGGCGCAGGCGCUCCAGGCCAGGGACUACCGGACGUUUGGGAAACUGAUGGUGGAGAGCCACAACUCCCUCAGGGAUGACUACGAAGUCAGCUGCCCAGAGCUGGACGAGCUGGUAGCAGCAGCCUUGGAGGUGGACGGUGUUUACGGCAGCAGGAUGACCGGUGGAGGCUUCGGCGGCUGCACCGUGACCCUGCUGGAGGCCGGGGCUGCAGAGAGAGCCCAGCAGCACAUCAAGGCAAAAUACAGCGGCACAGCAACCUUCUACAUCACCAAGCCUUCCGACGGGGCGAAGGUGCUGCCCCUCUAGAGAGGCACCCACCUCUCCUGGGCUGGGAUCAUCUC